AUGUUCGUGUACAAGGUGCCGUUCAUCAGUGACAACAUCACCGGCAAGAUGGUUAUUACCUUCGGUAAUGUCGUCGUCAAGAGCAGCCUCUCGCGGGUCUCGGACUCGGCGCCGACGGAUCCACCUAAGGUGUAUGAAUCCGAUCGCGAGGAGCGGAUUGGAAUCCCUGUGUUUUUGUCGAUGGUAAUCACCAUCGUGCCGGUGACAUUACCACUGACGAACGGCACCUUGUACACGAACAUGUCGUUGUCGUCGUCCUCCCCCUCCUCCACAGCGGGCAGCGACGCCAAGCCCGACUCGGAGUCGGUUCCAGACGCGGAUUCGGAUUCAGACGCGGAUUCGGAUUCAGAGGAGAAAAUCGCAGGAAGCGAGAGCAAUGCAAGUCGCCAGCAGGACUUGGGUAACGCGCAUCUUGGAGGGAAGUGGGUGCGGGGCCACUGCUGCCUCUCGCGGGUCUCGGAGUCGACACCGACGGAUCCGUCCAAGGUCUACGACUUCGGACAACUGGAGAAGCAGAAAGAGUCUGGUUCUGGCAGCGAGGAACGGGGCCUGUUUAGUUUCGUGGCGACGCAUUUCGUCCAGUACAAGAUGACGCAGAAGGCGGUAUCGUGGAUCAAGAAUAUUUUCCAGGGUGACAAGCUUUUCGGUUUGAUACGGGUCUGA